GGGGUUGCUAACAGUAAUCCACAGACGUGACCUACCUCCCUCGCUGUAACCUGUGAGUGAGUCUGAGUUCUGACCUCUCAACAAAGAACAAAGACUGUAGAAGUAGGAGGGAGUAGAGAGAGAGAGAGAGAGAGAUGGAACGCCAACAGCAGCAACGUGAAGAUGAUGAGCAGAGCGCGCAAGAAGAGCAGGAGCAUGAAGUUUACGGAGGAGAGAUUCCAGACUAUGGAGAGAUGGACGCCGACGUCGAAUUCCCCGGGGAUGAAGAAGUCGAUCCUAAUUCGAAGAACCUGGAAGAUAUGAAGAAGAGACUCAAGGAGAUCGAGGAAGAAGCAGGUGCUCUUCGCGAGAUGCAGGCCAAAGUCGAGAAGGAAAUGGGUAUCGUUCAAGAUCCCUCUAGUGCUGCUGCAACUCAAGCUGAAAAAGAGGAGGUUGAUUCACGCUCAAUAUAUGUUGGUAAUGUAGACUACGCAUGUACUCCUGAGGAAGUCCAGCAGCAUUUCCAAUCUUGUGGAACAGUGAACAGAGUAACAAUUUUGACAGACAAGUUUGGUCAGCCGAAAGGAUUUGCCUAUGUUGAAUUUGUUGAAACUGAUGCCGUUCAAAAUGCUCUCCUGUUAAAUGAGUCAGAGUUGCAUGGUCGUCAAUUAAAGGUAUCUGCUAAGCGGACCAACAUUCCUGGAAUGAAGCAGUACCGAGGAAGAAGACCCAAUCCAUAUCUUGGCUUUCGUGGCCGAAGGCCGUUCAUGCCAGGCCCUCCCUUUGCUCCUUAUGGAUAUGGGAAGGCUCCGAGGUUCAGGCCGCCCAUGCGAUACAGGCCAUACUAUUGAUGAGUUCUAAUCGGUGUGCCGGGGUGUUGAUUCGGUGGCCAAGAAUGUAGCAUCUGAUGGAUGUUCUCUGUGGUGUAAGGUAAUCCAUUUUCUCCAAUGCUUGUAUUAUCUUUCGCACAUGAAAGGGCUAACUUGGUUUUGCCAAAAUCUUUCAUCAUUUGGUCUCGUACACUUUCCACCCUGUAAGCUAUGAAACUUGGAUUUAUGUUAUUGGCAUACAAGGAUUAAUAUUCGUGCCAUCAAACAAGAAAGGUUGAUAGAUAAUGAAGACACCUUCCUUGCUCAGGCUAUUUUCAAUCUUCUGAUGCUUCUGCAUUAGUUGCUGCUAUAAAUGUUGAGUUUUGAUAAAAUAUCACACUGCCAUAUUAUGUUUUUAA